CCUCCCAAAAAGAACAGUCUCAGAAAACAACAGAUAUAAAGAUGAGGUGCAUAACAACUGUUGCUCUUUCACUCUCUCUGUUUCUUGUGGGAUUGGUCGGACCAAUCCAAGCUCAGUUGCAAAUGAACUUCUACGCCAAUACUUGUCCUAGUGCCGAAAAGACCGUUCAAGAUUUUGUUUCAAACCACAUUUCUAAUGCCCCUUCUCUUGCCGCUGCUCUCUUGAGGAUGCAUUUCCACGACUGUUUUGUUCGGGGAUGUGAUGGAUCAGUGCUUAUAAACUUGACGUCAGACUAUCAUCCUGCCCCCAAAGACGCAGCUCCUAACCUAACGGUUAGAGGAUUUGGCUUCAUUGAGGCAAUCAAAGCUGUGCUUGAAGCUCAAUGUCCUGGAAUCGUCUCUUGCGCUGAUAUUAUCGCUCUAGCAUCUCGAGACGCCAUCGUUUUCACCGGAGGACCAAACUGGAGUGUACCGACCGGAAGAAGAGAUGGGAGGAUAUCGAACGCAUCAGAAGCAUUAGCCAACAUUCCUCCUCCGACCAGUAACUUCACCAAUCUUCAGACACUCUUUGCAAACCAAGGACUUGAUCUUAAAGACCUGGUCUUACUCUCCGGGGCUCACACUAUCGGUGUAUCUCACUGCUCAUCUUUUACAAACCGUCUCUACAAUUUUACGGGUCGUGGAGACCAAGAUCCUGCCUUAGACAGCGAAUACGCAGCCAAUCUCAAAUCUAGGAAAUGUCCUAGCCUCAACGAUAACACGACUAUCGUGGAGAUGGAUCCAGGGAGCCGUAAGACGUUUGAUCUUAGUUAUUAUCAGCUCCUUCUCAAGCGUAGAGGUCUGUUUCAAUCAGACUCUGCCCUCACCACCAACCCCACAACACUCUCAAACAUAAACCAGAUCUUGAAAGGUUCGGUGGAGGGUUUUUUCUCUGAGUUUGCCAAGUCGAUGGAGAAAAUGAGUCGGAUCAAUGUCAAGACUGGGUCAGCAGGAGUGGUUAGAAAGCAAUGUUCCGUUGCAAAUAGUUAAGGGGUACUAAUUUUGAGUAUGUGGGAGUUUGGGGGGUAUUUAUGAAAAAUAAUAAGGACGAUGAUGUGUGUAUGGAUUUCGUUAUAGACUUGGUCAAUAAAGAGAUGUUCUUUGUCUUGUA